CUCUUCUUUGCUUCUUAUUAUACACAUAGAUUAUGAGUGCUAUACUAUCGGCAGAUGAUCUCAACGAUUUCAUAUCCCCGGGUGCUGCUUGUAUCAAACCGGUGACCAAUUUGAACGAAUCAAAUAAUCAAGAUAACGAAAAUGGUGAAGUUGAAAUCCAAAUCGACGAUAAGGGGAAUCCACUAGAAAUAUCUAAAAUCGACGGGAAGGUGAACUCAUUAUCACCUGCUCAAAUCUCGCUUGCAGACUGUUUGGCCUGCUCUGGUUGCAUUACUUCUGCUGAAGAAAUUUUGGUGGCACAACAUUCUCAUGAUGAAUUGAUAAAGGCAAUUAGAGAUAAAGUUAAUAACAACACUGAUAAAGUGUUUGUUGCAAGUAUUUCACAUCAGGCACGGGCUUCUUUGGCAACGGCUUAUAAUAUCUCGAUAGAAGAUAUCGAUCGUUUACUAAUCAACCUAUUCAUUAAUCAAAUGGGAUUUACUUAUAUUGUGGGUACUUCCUUGGGAAGAAAAUUAUCUCUCAUAUAUGAAGCCCAGAAUAUCAUUCAGCGUAAACAUGAAAACCACGAAGAAGGCCCCGUUUUAUCCUCCAUUUGUCCUGGUUGGGUGUUAUAUGCUGAAAAGACGCAUCCUUACAUUUUACCUCGUAUUUCAAAUGUUAAAUCGCCUCAGCAAAUAACUGGUUGUUUGUUGAAAACCUUAACUGCCAAUGAUUUGCAAAUACCAAAGGACAAGAUAUAUCACUUAUCGAUCAUGCCAUGCUUUGAUAAAAAAUUAGAAAGUGCCAGACCCGAACACAAUGAAGAGACCCCAAGUGUUGAUGUGGAUUGUGUUUUAACUCCAAAAGAGUUGGUUACCUUAUUAGAAGAGCACAAGUCUGAUUUUCAAUUAAUUCCUGAAAACACUGAAAAAAUUGUUAAUCUGAACUGUACUGAUUUAUAUUCUAAAUGUGCUCCACCAAGUUGGCCAUUUGUCACAUCUUCAUGGUCAAAUGAUUCUGGUUCUGCUUCUGGAGGUUAUGGCUUCAAUUACUUGAAAAUGGUUCAAAAUGAUUUAUGUCUUAAAGAUCCAAAUACCUAUCAAUUAGAAAAUUUCAGUAUUGAUACCAUUAAUGGUAAGAAUUCUGACAUUUACGAAUUAAGAUUAUUAUACAAUCAAACAAGAGUGGCAAGUACUGCAAUUGUAAAUGGAUUCAAGAAUAUUCAAAAUUUGGUAAGAAAACUCAAGCCUUCACCGGUUGCUAAAUCCACAACCAAAACCAAUCCACUAGUUGCUCGUCGUCGUGCUAGAAUGUCUGGUAAAUCCAAUACAGCUUCAGAAGAAUCUGCUGACGCUUCAAAAUGUGACUAUGUUGAAAUCAUGGCUUGUCCAAAUGGGUGCAUCAAUGGGGGUGGCCAGAUUGCUCCACCUAAAGAUUUCAAUGAAAAAGAAUGGUUAAACCAAGCCUUAAUCAAUUAUAAUGAUAUCAACUUAUUUGAUAUUACGUCUUUUGAUAACGCUCAUGUGGUUCCCGAAUUAGCGGCUUGGUGUCAAGAAUUCUGUAAGACCUUCGGAAUAAAUCAAGAGAGACUUUUGAAAACCUGGUUUAAUGAAGUUGAGCAACCAACCGAUCCUAAUGCUAUAUUGUUAGGCGCAAAAUGGUAAGACUCAGCAGAAAAUCUUAUAGACUUAUUUAUUUAUUUAUUUAAUUACUGUAUACUUAAUAAUGCAUAUAUUCAAUUCCCC